AUGCAGCGAUCUUUAGAACAAGCUUUGGAUCGUGCAGAGGAUGUCAUUGAAAGUGCCCAACAGAGACCCCCUAAGAGAAAAUACUCAUCUAGUGGGGAGAAAUCUCUACAUCAAAAACUUUAUGACAUUUAUGUAGAAGAAUGUGAAAAAGAGCCCGAGGGGACGGAGGAACUCAGGAGCAAUGUCAACUUGCUGGAAAAGCUGGUUAGGAGAGAGUCCUUGCCAUGCUUAGUAGUCAACUUGUACCCGGGAAAUAAGGGCUAUUCUCUGAUGCUGGAGGACAAAAGUGAGUUCUUUUCAGAGACCAUCCAGCUGCCUUAUGGAGAAGGGGAACUGCUUGAGUACUUGGAUGCAGAAGAAUUACCACCUAUUCUGCUGGAUGUCCUAGAAAAAUCGCAGCUGAACAUUUUUCAUUGUGGGUGUGUCAUAGCAGAAAUCCGUGACUACAGACAGUGCAGUGACAUGGAACCUUCCACUUACCAAAGCCGGCAUAUUCUCUUGCGCCCCACCAUGCAGACUUUAGCAUGUGAUAUAGAGUCCAUGACGAGUGAUGACCUCCAAUGGACUCAGGAAGACAAACUUGCCCUUGAGAGUGAACUGCUCUUAGCUACAGCUGAACCAUUGUGUCUUGAUCCCUCUGUGGCUGUCACCUGCACUGCUAACAGGCUACUGUAUAACAAGCAGAAGAUGAAUACUAACCCAAUGAAACGGUGCCUGAAGAGGUAUUCAUGGUCCUCUCUGAAUCGGCAGCAAGAGCUGUCACAACAUCAGUCUCCCCCUGAUGCAAGACUAUUGACUGCUUGCAAAAAAGAGGAAGAGAGAAAAGCAGAUCUGAAGCAAGACCUAAGGAUGCCUCCAGUUGGAUAUUGUGUGGACAUGUGGAAAGAGAGAUGCUCUGACUUGGCCAUACCUCCUCAAGUGGAUGUGGAGAAAUAUGCUAAAGUGAAGGAGUCUUUGGGAUCUGAUGACCCACAAGCAACAGUCUGGCCAGAUCCUGAGCUAGGAGAUGACUUUGGAUUUGAGUGUGACAGUGGCAAUCAGCUGUGGGAAACGAAGCUGAGCUUCAUGCAGUCACUCAAUGAUCCGCUUUUCUCUGGCAAAACUGCAUCACCUAAACAGGGCCCAUGUGAGAUCCAGAUGUAUCCCCCCCUGGUCUCCCCAGCUGACCAUUCACAUGGCUUCGUGGAAGGGUCAAAGAUUGAUGCAGGGCCAGUGAAUGUGUGCCAGGAGUCAGUCCAGAGCAAAGUCGAAUGUGCAGGCAAGAUGCCCCACGGCUCCAGUGGCUCAGCCCUUCUCAGGCAACCCUCUCCAGGGAAAAAGCCAAAGCAGCCUACCACCAGAUGGGUGCAGUCCUCAGUACGAGGCAAGGCAUCGAAACCUCGAGCUCUGGCUGUGACUCUUCCCUCCAGCGCAGGACAGACAUUGUCAGGUAACAGUCCUCCUGCACAGCAGGCAAGCAGCUUGCACAGAUUCCCACCUCUUGCCCCAGCUCCUAAGCGAUGUGGCCUUUAUCAGAAGUCUCCUUUAGGUGUCAGCAGAGGAGGAGUAGUGCUUUAUCCAGCCACCCGGCCCCCUGCCAGCUUGUCAGAAGGAACCCUGACCACCCGGGGCCCAGUGGGCUCCACUGGCCUAAAGGUCAUCAAUGUGGUGGGCCCAGUUCAGGGAGCCCAGGUUUUGGUGAGUGGUUCCAACCCUGUGCUGAGCAAUUCCACCAGUGCCUAUGUACCUAUAAGCAUGCAUCCCAAGGGCCUUCUGCCCCCCAGAGGUCAACUGUGCAAUGCACAGCCAUGUCCAACACAGUCACCUGCUCAAGCAGGUGUGCAACUGAUUUUAAAUAACACUUCGGGUCCUGUAACUGUCUUCCAGCUUCCACCUGGUUCCAUCAUUUUGAACCCCCAGCAGCAGCAGCCCCAGCAGCAGGGCCACAGGCUUCUGUGCCAGAUUCAGGUGGUCAACAGUGGACCUUGCUGGCCCCACAAGCUGUUGUCACUAACCUAG